AUGUUUCGUUGUCAGCAAUUACUCAGUUGGCCAUCGACAAUCACUCGUAGUCAUCCUGUACUGCAUAUGUGUGCGUUAUCAGCAAGUACUCGGUGUGAUCGACUGCUAAAGUUAGAAAUUCAUGUGCCUGAUCCACCAGAAGUGUGCUGUGCUCAUUCACAUAUAUUUGAGAGAUAUCUAACUGACAUAUGCAGUCAGUUUACUAAUUAUUCAGUCGAACUAGCAAGGAGAAUGGAACGUGCACAUUCCGAAAUAGAUCAUCAGCGUCUAAAUCAAAUUCGAAUGUUAACCAUAGACUAUCUCAAAGUCACCAAUCGAUUUCAUUUACGCGGUGCAAUGGACUUCAUUCGCGAAAAUAAGAUAAAAGCAAAGUGUUCGCCAAAGAGAAGCUUACCCGUCAAAAAACUAUUGGAGAAAUUAUUAAAUGAAAAAGAUUUCGGUAAUCAAUUCAAGAUCGCAACAAAGGCCAACAAUUUUACUCUUAAGGACACCAAAAGCACGUUCGUUGACCUUUAUCAUUCAUUAAGUCAGCAUGCUCACAAAACCAACACACUCUCUAAUAUAUAUAUUGAUUCUCAAAUAUUAUAUCCACUUGAACAAUUCUGUAUUGGUGUUUUAUUUCAAAGAUAUAAUAUUCCGUUCAUAUAUUUAGAUAGAUACGGUAGGGUAUUUCCAUGGGGUCUCAACCACGUUUACAUCGACUUUCUCCAAAUCGACUGA